CAUCCAUUAUCUAAAUUUAUAAUUUAACAAUUUCAUUUUUUUAAUUUUGAUUUGAUCUAAAUUGGUCUAAUUUCAUGCUAGCAUUUAAAUCAUUAGCGAGAUAUUAAUAAGAUUCAUUUCUAAUUCCUACAGGAUGGCAUUUGUUACUUUGGUUCUCAACAUUUUGAAUUUCUUCUUUUUAUUUCAAGAAAUAUGCAUUUCGUGUAAUUUAAUUUCUAAAGUUUCAUUUUUAUCAAUUUUAUUCCUAAAUACUUUAAAGUUGUGCAAUGUCUUCUCUAAAUAUGGCAUGUGUCUUAUUUUUGUUUUUAAAAUUUUAGUUUUGUCAAUUUCGUGCCUAAAUAUUGUAAAGCUAUGUUUCAUUCUCUCCAUCAAAGUUACCAAAAUGACAGUAUUAAUCAUAACAUUUUUAUUUUAUCGCGUUUGUUUUUAAAAACAACCUUGUCAUUCAUUUUUCAUAAACAAAUUUGAUAAAUAAAAUUACUACAAUUAAUGAAUAUACCUAAUUUUUUUCAUAAGUAAUAUAUAUGGAAAAUUAUAAAAUGAAUCGUUCGGAUCAUUUAAACAGACCCAUGAUAAGUUGCACGGACCCUAACUUUGAGCUUGACAUAAGCCGACACGUACAUUUAAAACCUAGAAUCACCUUUCUGAUCUAUAUUAUGUUUGAAAUUCAGGUGUCUAGACAAGGCUGCAAUUAUAUUACCAACAAAACCUCUAGAAGAACAACAGAAGAAGAGAUGGAAACUCUGCAGAGUCACGGACGUAGAAGAAACUAAACUCACCAUACGAAUGAUCCCCUUGUGCAUGACUUUCAUUUUCUGCGGCGUUGUAUCUUCCAUCGGCAACACAUACUUCAUCGAGCAAGCAAACCACAUGAACCACAAGCUCGGCAAAAUCUCUAUCCCCAUCGUCAUCCUCCUAUGGUUCCACGACCAAGGCAAACAACAAUUCGCCAAUCUCUACUACAAGCUUGCCAACAAGCUAGGCGGGUCAGGGGCGCGACACUAUGCUCCUCUUAUAGGCAUCGCUGUGUCAAUGGUUUUUGCAAUUCUAUGUUGCAUUACUGCUGCCAAAGUUGAGACAAGAAGGCUAAAUGUGGUGAGGACGCACGGUUUAAUCGACAAGCCAGAGGAUAGAAUUCCAAUGAGCGUGUUCUGGUUGCUUCCACAGUUUGUACUCAUCGGUGCCCUUAAUGGGAUUCUUGAAAACAGCAUUGUCGCAAUCUUUAUUGAUCAGGUUGGGCCAUCAAUGAGAGCAUACGUGAUCCAUUUUGGUUUCGGUGUGGUGGGGUUGGGGAGUAUAGGGAGUGUUCUAUCAGUGUAUGUGGCAGGGAAGGUGAGUGAAAGAGGAGGAAAACAGAGUUGGUUUCAGGACACAUUGAACCAUAGUCGGCUUGAUAAGUAUUAUUGGACACUGGCUUGGUUGAGUGCUGUGAACCUUGGUUUAUACAUUGUGACGGCACUUUUUUACCGUUUCAGAAAAUCAGAAUUGGAAGAUCCUCAAUCAGAAUUGGAAGAUGAGGAUGCUCCCAAUUACCAGAACACGAAUGCACCUUUUAAAGACAAUGCUCGAUGUUGUUGUUAGGUGGCACGGAAUUUUCUGUUCUCAACAUUUAUUAGGUCACAUAUAUUGUUUUCUGUUAAUUAUCAUAUUUGCAGUGUGAAAAUUAAUGUGAGUGUUAUAUGAUUUAUAUGAUGUCAUAGAAUUCUGAGAACAUUGAUAGUUGAAUAAAUUUCAUUGUAUAUGUAGAGCUUUUGACUAUUUAGUCGGUUGGUAAUUUGAUUGUGAUUGGAGAUUACAAUAACAUGUGAUCAGGUACAUUGGUAGAGUGGA